UUUAGCUAUCAGUUAGAAAACUAGCUAAAGAUAGACAAAUAUGGCUUGAGUUCAUGUGAAAUAUACACGUGGAACUGAAUUUUGGUUUAGUAGCUAAACACGUUUUAAGACAAAUUGGAGAUUCCUCAAACACAGUAUAGGUUAGCUAGAGACAUCAACUUGAACACCUGAAAGUAAAGGUGGGAAUUCCGUUAGCUGAGUAGCUAGUUAGCUACCGACUUGAUGAAGAGUUUACUUCUGUUUGAGGUGGCGUUGGUUAAGUAGAUGGACUGUAUGUGGUAGUGGAAUAUAUUCGAGUAUUUCAAGAAUAUAGCUACGAAUAUUUUUUACGGUUUCAGUUUAAGCCAAAGGAAUCUAUUUAAAGAAAAAUAAAGAACCGAUUCAGACGAGCUGACUAGAGUUAACCAAUGGCAGGUGACCUAUUUGGUCUCCCAGGGCAGAAGGCCCUCUCCUCCCAGCGUUCUCUCCCUGGCACUCCUGUUUCUCAUAAACACUUCCCCAUUGACCUGCGCACAUCCAUGGAUGGCAAGUUUAAAGAGAUUGCAGAGGAGCUGCUGGCUCAUAGCCUGGUGGACAGUGAGAUGCGCAGUGCUCCAUAUGAGUUUCCAGAGGACAGUCCCAUCGAACAGCUGGAAGAGAAACGACACCGUCUGGAGAGACAGAUCAGCCAAGACAUCAGGCUGGAGCCAGAGAUUCUGCUGAGGGCCAAGCAGGACUUCCUGAAAAUCGACAGCAUAGUUGACCUGGAGCAUCUGAAAGAGCAGGAUGAGGCAACAGUGGAUCAUGCUUCUAAAGAGAGAGAGCCUGUGUUGGAGAGAGAGUUCCAGCGUGUGUUCAUCUCAGGGGAGGAGAAGUGUGGGGUUCCCUUCACAGACCUGGUGGAUGCUGCCAAGUGUGUAGUGAGGGCCCUACUGAUCCGGGAGAAGUACAUGGCCUUGUCUAUGCAGGGCUUCUGCCGCACCACCACCCGCCUGUUACAUGACUUCUCACACACACCACUCCAUGCCAGCCCAUCUAAGGAGGUACCUGAAACCCCAGUUGACACAGAUGCCCCUGUGCAUCCCCCGGUUUCAGAGAUACACCCCUAUGAGCGGCAGGACUCUACAAACCUGCCCUCAGACCUGGGGUAUACCUGCAAGAUGAUGGGAGGGGUGGUCCAUGUGUACACCAAAGAGAGCCCAGUGGACAGGUGUAUGGAGCUGGACCUGCCAUAUCCAGACCUGCAGGAGUUCAAUGCUGAUAUGAAUGUUAUGAUGGCUCUUAUCAUCAACGGACCAGUAAAGUCGUUCUGUUACCGGCGGCUACAGUACCUCAGCUCAAAGUUUCAGAUGCACAUCCUCCUCAACGAGAUGAAGGAGCUUGCAGCGCAGAAGAAAGUACCCCACAGAGACUUCUACAACAUCCGCAAGGUGGACACACACAUCCAUGCUUCUUCCUGCAUGAACCAGAAGCACCUGCUGCGCUUCAUAAAGCGAGCAAUGAAGAAAUAUCCAGAUGAGAUUGUGCACAUUGAAGGAGGACAGGGCCAGACACUGAUGGAGGUGUUUGAGAGCAUGAACCUGACAGCCUAUGACCUCAGCGUUGACACACUCGACAUGCACGCAGACAGGAACACCUUCCACCGCUUUGACAAAUUUAAUGCGAAAUACAACCCAAUCGGGGAGUCAAUCCUCCGUGAGAUCUUUAUCAAAACAGAUAACUACAUCAAGGGCAAAUAUUUUGCCCACAUCAUCAAGGAGGUGAUGUCAGAUCUUGAGGAGAGUAAGUACCAGAAUGCUGAGCUGCGUCUGUCGAUCUAUGGGCGAUCACGGGAUGAGUGGGACAGUUUGGCACAGUGGAUCAUUACACACACCGUCUACUCACGCAAUGUCCGCUGGCUUAUACAGAUACCACGUCUGUUUGAUGUGUACCAUACUAAGAAGCAGUUGGGGAAUUUCCAACAGAUGUUGGAGAACAUCUUCCUGCCUUUGUUUGAGGUCACCGUCAACCCUCACAGUCACCCAGAAUUGCACCUGUUCCUACAGCACGUGGUGGGUUUUGACAGUGUUGAUGAUGAAUCAAAGCCAGAGCAUCAUGUGUUUAACCUGGACAGCCCUCUGCCAGGCAGCUGGACAGAGGAGGACAAUCCACCUUACUCUUACUACCUCUACUACACCUACGCCAACAUGACUGUGCUCAAUCACCUGCGCAGGAAGCGGGGUUUCAAUACCUUUGUGCUGCGCCCUCACUGUGGGGAAGCAGGGCCUAUACACCACCUGGUAUCUGGAUUCAUGCUUUCAGCCAACAUUUCACAUGGACUACUACUGAGAAAGGCUCCUGUACUGCAGUAUCUUUACUAUCUUGCCCAGGUUGGCAUUGCCAUGUCUCCACUGAGCAACAACAGCCUGUUCCUGAGUUACCAUAGAAACCCGUUGCCUGAGUAUCUGUCCCGUGGCCUCAUGGUCUCUCUCUCCACUGAUGACCCACUGCAGUUCCACUUUACUAAGGAACCCCUUAUGGAGGAGUACAGUAUAGCAGCUCAGGUGUGGAAGCUGAGUUCAUGUGACAUGUGUGAAUUAGCAAGGAACAGUGUACUGAUGAGUGGCUUUUCACACAAGACGAAAAGCUACUGGCUGGGUCCAGACUACAUGAAGGAGGGUCCAGAGGGCAACGAUAUCCGCCGCUCUAACGUUCCAGACAUCCGCGUGUCUUACAGACAUGAGACUCUUUGUGAGGAACUGCAGCUCAUCACCCAUGCUGUGCGCACCCAGGAGCUGGAGAACAUGGAGGAAGAGGCACCUCUCUCCAUGGCCCCAGACCUCCCCAAACACUAGACAGUAUCUCCUUUACUCACCUCUUCCAGUCCUUUCUUGCCUUCGUCUCCUCUAUCCCCGCUCAUCAAGUGGCCUUCCACACUAGAGAGUACUACCCUCCCUACUUCUCUUCUCCCAUCACCUUGGUCCCAAGUUCUCCCACAUGCCAGACAGCUCUUCUAUCCUUACCUCUGUGGGGUUUGGGUUUCAGGUUUAUAGGUUUGAGGGUUGGGUUUGGUGUCUUGAUAGUUUAAGAGUUUGAGUGUUGGGCUAAAUUUGCAUGUUUCGGAGAAGUAGCACAUUGUGACACCAACCUGCUAAUAGUAUGCAUUUCAGACAUGACCUCACGCAUUUCCCUUUCAACUCAAGGUCUUAAACAAAUGUAUAUACAUACCGACAUGCGCGCGCGCACACACGCGCACACACACACACACACACAUCAACCAAUUUGUCUCUUACAUAUGGUUGCUUCCUUUCCUCUAAGAGUUGCUGCCUUAUGAAAUACAACUGACCAGUUUCCUUUUGUAAACACACACACACACACACACACACACACAACUGUCAUAAGCUGCAUGUGUGGAGUGUGCUUGUUGCCUUACACACUAGAGGCCCUGGGACGGUUAGGGUUACUAACUUUAUGCUUGUAGAGGUUUUACUGCAUCUGGUAUCAAGACCUGAUAUCCAGCCAGAGAAAAACAUUUCAUCAUGAGAAAGUGUUUUGUGUAUGAAUGUGUAAGUGUAUGACUGUUUGGGUGUGUAUCACAUCACCCUGAAAAGUGCGGUCAGCCUUUCACAUUUCUGCCCUGUCUAUAUGAAGAAACAUUAAGCUUUAAUUGAGCGGCAGAUGACUUUAGAAAUAUCUGGAUAAUGUUUGUUUGCUAAUCACAGUUAGAAAUUGUUUACAAAUACACGGAAAAAGUUUCUAAUGGGUGUUUUUGAAAGAUCUACUUCUUGCUCUUCCAUUUAUUGUCUCCAUCACCAAAAUCACAAACACACAUCUCUCCUAGAGCUCUGCACUGUGCUUCUUUCUUGCUGUUGAUGCUAAGAUGAUUCAGAUGCAGCUAAUGACCUCUCUGACUGUUAUCCCACUGCUGGUUUGUGAGUCUGUGGGUAAUAUGCCCUGAGACCACCAUGUGUUUGAUUUCAUAUGAAUAGUAUUUUUUCAGAAGGUACAGAUAUGCCUUUGUAUGAAGUAUUAUCAUAUGUAUCUAAAACAGUUAUAUUGAUAAUGUUAGCUCAAGUCUAUUACAUACUGUGUUUCAUUAGGAUGUUCCCAGUGAUUAUAUUAUUUUAUCCGAUAACAAAGAUGCGCAGACUGUAGCACUGAGUUGUAUCCAGAUGACGUUCCACUGGCUGGGCAUUGAAGGCACAAAGACAAGAAUGUGUUGCAAGUUCAUAUUCUAAAAUGCUGAACAUAAUUAUUAUAGUGCAGGUGUAAUGUUUCCCCUCUGAAGGUAAAGUUGUUAUCCUCUUACUGACCAUGAGAGAUUAAAAUGUUUAUUGAAGUUAUUUUACUAGGUUUUCACUGUUGCUUCAGUGAGGAGGAAUGAGGUUUUCUUUGUGCAUUAGGAUUCAGAACAUUUCUAUAGAGGACUACAUCAGUUACUAUUUUACGCAGUACAUAUCCCACUCUACUUUUAGUCUGUUAAAAUGUUAAUUAAAAUUCACAAAAUGCUAGGGUUUGCUUAAAAUAGCCAUUAUGAUUACAUUUACUCUUCUAGUUGAAGCACUCUAUGUGACAAAUGAACCAAACUUGAACCUUUAUUUUUAAGGUAUUUACUUUUAUUAUUGCUCAAAUUCUGCACAAUUCUGUUUUGUUAGAUGUGUAAGAUUUUUAAGUGUUUGGUUUAGUUUUAUAUGCUUGAAAUGGACAUCUAGUACCUGCUCUUCUGGUUGAAGCAUUCUACCAGUGAUUCAGUGAAUGCUCUAGUAGGAAAUAUAAUGUGUACUGAUGACAUCAAAUAAAGCAUGAAGUACCUACAGUA